GCUCGGCAUCGGGUAAGGGGGGGGGGGGGGGGGUUCCGAUCUUGCGCAGGCGCAUUAGGUCCUGGUUGCUAUGCGGGUGCUCGUGGGUGGAGGGACGGGCUUCAUUGGGACAGCCCUAAUCCAUCUGCUGAAAGCCAGAGGCCAUGAAGUGACACUGGUCUCCCGAAAGCCCGGGCCAGGUCGGAUCACAUGGGAUGAGCUUGCUACCUCGGGGCUGCCUAGCUGCGAUGCGGCAGUCAACCUGGCUGGAGAGAACAUCCUCAACCCUCUUCGAAGGUGGAAUGAAGCCUUCCAAAAAGAAGUUCUCAGCAGCCGCUUGGAGACUACCCAGCUGCUGGCGAGAGCCAUCACCAAGGCCCCACAACCCCCCCAGGCCUGGGUCUUAGUCACUGGUGUAGCUUACUACCAGCCCAGCCUGACUGCUGAGUAUGAUGAAGACAGCCCAGGAGGGGAUUUUGACUUUUUCUCCAAUCUCGUAACCAAAUGGGAAGCUGCAGCCAGGCUUCCUGGAGAUUCUACACGCCAGGUGGUGGUACGCUCCGGGGUUGUGCUGGGCCGUGGGGGCGGUGCCAUUGGUCACAUGCUGCUACCCUUCCGCCUGGGCCUGGGGGGCCCCAUCGGCUCCGGCCAACAGUUCUUCCCCUGGAUUCACAUUGGGGACCUGGUAGGAAUCCUGGCCCAUGCUAUUGAAGCCAGCCACGUGCAGGGUGUCCUGAACGGCGUGGCUCCAGCCUAUAGCACUACAAAUGCUGAGUUUGCUCAGGCCUUGGGCACAGCUCUAGGCCGCCCAGCCUUCAUCCCUCUCCCUAGCACCAUCGUGCAAGCUGUCUUUGGGCAAGAGCGUGCCAUCAUGCUGCUGGAGGGCCAGAAGGUGAUCCCACGGCGGACACUGGCCACUGGCUACCAGUAUUCCUUCCCAGAGCUGGGGCCUGCACUGAAGGAAGUCAUAGCCUAAGCGAGAAAGUUCAUGGCAGAGACCACGGCCUGGCCCUCAACAGAGGCUUCCCAGGUAGGGACUGAGGAGGAUGAAGUACUCUGCUUGCCAUGUGAGCCCAUCUGGUUCUUGGGGAUUCCUCUCCUCCCUGUCCUUUCUCAUUAUUCUGUUGCUGCACUUCGCCUGUCCACUGUUUCAAGAGUGCAGUCUCAUCAGGUUGGGACCGUAACAUCUUCGACUCCUUGUGAAAGUCUCCACAUUCAGUACCCCUACAUGACCCAUUCCUGCCCCAUUUCUCUUUUGCUAUGUAGUGAAUGCUCUAACAGUUUAGGCAAUAAAGAUAAGUUAUCUCA